AAUCUUCCUCCUCUCCGCAGAAGAACCGGAAUCCCGCCCACAGUACGGAUGCCGCAUUAAAAUUGGUUGCGCUUGCGCGUUGACGUCCCUUUUUUUCUUGGAAUGCCCCUUGAUUAGAUCACCAUCAUGGCAGAUCCAGAUCUUGAUUUCACCAGUGGUGAUGCAGGGGCGUCUGUCACCUACCCCAUGCAGUGCAGCGCCCUGCGCAAGAACGGAUUUGUGGUCCUCAAAGGUCGCCCUUGCAAAAUUGUUGAAAUGUCCACUUCUAAGACUGGCAAGCAUGGUCAUGCAAAGGUUCACCUGGUUGGGAUUGACAUUUUCUCUAAUAAGAAGUAUGAAGAUAUCUGCCCCUCCACCCACAACAUGGACGUGCCUAACACCAAAAGAAAUGAUUACCAGCUGGUUGACAUCACUGAGGGGUUCCUGUCCCUUAUGUUGGACAAUGGUGACGUGCGCGAGGACCUGCGCGUGCCAGACGGUGACCUGGGCAAAGAAAUUGAAAGCAAAUUUGCAGCUGGUGAAGAGAUGCUGGUUACUGUGCUUUCAGCUAUGGGUGAAGAAUCUGCAGUGGCUGUCAAACCCAUGACCAAAUAGGAAGAGAGACUGGGCUGCUCAGGCUGCAACAUGCUACACUUUAACAAAUCUGUUGCAUUUGGUUUUUUGGUUUUAUUUGUCACCAAAGCUAUGGCCUUCACAAGCAACCACAAAAAAAUGUUUGCGUAUUUUCUCCUUCCAAAACUGUGCUGGACUUGUUGGGUCAGUUGGCAUUCUCUCUGGAAAAAGAGGUUUAUUAUUGUCAGUGUGUUUACCCCCCCCAAUUAAUCUUUCUUAAUUGUAAUUGAUGAUUGCAAAGAGAGGAAAGACCCAACUGAAACUGAACUUAAUCUCCCCCUGCUCUGGGUGCCAUACUUUCACCUUUUCCUCUUGCAUGAUCUAUGCCAUAAUGGCACUGUUAAUUUCUCUCGAUUGAAUGCCUUUUCCCCAAAAGUGAGAUGCACACUGGUAUUUGGCACUUCCUUGUUCAUGCAGAACAGGAUAAACUCUGGUGUAAUUCCUCUUAAAUGCCAGUCUCAAAUCGUUCAGAAGUGGAAAAGGAUGUGAUGGCCAUGUGCAAAUACCUCUGUAACGCAAUAGCAGCCAGCUUGGUUUUUGGCUGUCAUUGACAACCUUAAAUAAAGUGUUGAAGCCUGUAUUUGUCUCCAGGUAGGCUCUUAUCAGUGCUGCCCCAGAAUUAGCUUUGGGCUCUUAAGGACUAAAUCUUUGAUGCGAGUUCUAAUCUUCCUUUGUUCACUUGAGGCCUUUGUUACCUUAAUGAAUAGGGCAAAAAUAAAAACUUAAUAGAUGA